GUUAAAAAUUAAAAAAAAAAAAACACAUAAGUAGAGUAUAAAAGGGAACGAGUUGAGAUCUUGUUCCCCCUCGAAAGCUUAGGGGAUGAGCGGUCCGACGAAGAGGGAGAGGAAGAGCAAAGAGAGCUCCCUCGCCGGCCCCGAAGCCGAGGUGGAGGCUCUCCUCCGCGUUGCCCAGGAUGACCUCCUCCUCAAGCUCCGCGUCGACUCCCACCCCGUCUCUUCCCGUGCCUCCUCCUCCUCCUCCGACGCCUUGGACUCCGACCUUGCCCGCCGCUUCGAGGCUCUCAAAUCGCCCUCGCCGCCUCUCUCCACAGCGGCGCCACCGCCUCCGCCGACGAAACCUGUGGGAAUGGGAGCAGCAGCAGCGGCAGAUGAUGAGGAGGGGGAGAGGAUCCUCGGGGAUGAUCUGGCGGCGAGGUUCGCCGCCCUCAAGGGCUCUUCAUCGGGGCCCAAUCCAGGGAUCCAGCAAUCGGAUCUGAUGACGCCGAAUCUUAGAGUUUCGGAUGACGAAGCCGGCGCCGGCGCCGGCGGUGGUGGUGAUGGGGUUUCGGAGAAGGAGGUGGAGAAGGUGAUGCAGUGGGCUAUGGACGCGGCCCGCCUCGAUCCUUCCAAAGGCGAUGGCGAUGAGGAUGAUGGGGAAAGCGCCGAUGAUGAUGAUGAUGAGGAGGAGGAGGAGGAUUUGAAGAAGAAGAGGAAGGAGAUGAACAAAGGGAAGCCCAAGAAGUUUUUCUUCUUCUAGAUCUUCAAAUCAUGGGAUUUGAGAUGGAUGUAGCCAGGCCGUAUUCUCUGUGUGGAUUCUGACGCUGCUAUAUGCUUAACAAGCGUGUAGCCGUUAGCCAAGAAGGUACCUUAUCAUACUUAGUGCUCGCUAAAAAUUGGCCUGUUUUUAGUUUCAUGACAAGCUACUCUUUUUUUCAUGGAUGAGGUUCAGGGAUAUGAAAGUUGAAACUAAAGUGAGUUAUAAAUUAUUUUUGUCAGAUUUUGUAAGGGAGAUGUUCCCAAUUUCCGAGGUCAUCCUAAGGUGAUUAUUUAAUGUUGCAAUGAGAAUGGUGACUAUUAUUUACCUAGCAA